CGGCCACUGUUCUUACCUCGUAAACUUGAAAACAAUAAUUUUCAAGAUUCCUUUUUACCACUCUGUUUUAAUUUCUUCAACCAAUAGUUGUACAAACCCGCCCGCCGCCUAUAGUUUCUCUUGCUUUCUAGUUCCUAGAGUUCUCCAGUUUCAAUCUUUAAUCUUUUUUAUGAGUGAUUUUCAUGAGUGAUUUUAGGCGGGAAAUCUGAGGAUGAUUGAUUUAUCUCCGCCGUCGGCGGAGUCCAGCUUCCGGGAGCUCGAUGAAGUUUUCUUGCAGACUCAGACUAGAAUAUGGCUUGGGGAAGUUCUGUGCACAAGAUUUGAGGAGGAAUUGAAUCUCUCCGAUUUGCUUCAAGAUGGGGAGAUACUGUUUGACGUUUCUAAAGUAGUGUGGAAUCUGUUGCUGGUAAAAUGCAUGGAGCUGAGACAUUUGAAGCACAAAUACGGGCCUUUUGGUUCUAGAAAGAGCAGCGGGAGAUACAGGCCUUACUCCAAUGUCGAUUCCUUUAUAAAGAUAUGCAAAAUUAUGGGGUUGGGUGGCAUUGACCUCUUUUCCCCAUCGGAUGUGGUUGAGAAAAGAAAUAUUCGAAAAGUUUGCAUCUGCAUAAGAGCACUUUCAAUGAAAGCCAGGUCAAAACAACUAAGUGUUCCAGACUUUGACAUGGUUGUAUACUCAGUGACCAUGCCAAAGAAUAUGGUUGAUAUCAUUCGGAAAAGUUUGGAAUCAUCACAGUGCACAGUUUCAAGUUCAUCCAGUUACAGUUCGCGCAAUGUUUCACAAACCAAGGCGAAACAGAAAAAGUUUCAACCUCCGUCUAAUGAAGGAGAUGAUGAUUACAGUAGCUCUGAUGAGUCAGAUGAGGCCGAAAGCAGAUAUAUGGGCGAAAAUUCAUUCCCAUCUGUGGGAAAAUUUGAUUAUACUCAUGGACUUAAUUCCGACCCAGAAAAUUCACCCGAACUUGAGAAUGAUCACAAACUUGAUAAAAUGUCUGCUUGUGGUGCUAUCUCACAUUUAGAAAGACAUAACCCUGAAUAUUGUACUGAGAGCACUUUAGACAAUGACUACUCAGUCGUUGGAGAUUCUUCAUGUCUUGAUGUUGGAGAAAGUAAUUACAUUUCGGAUUACCUGGCCUUUUCGGACUUAAUGGUCCAUGCAACUACUGAGGGCAGCAGUUCUGUUAUUCGUAAUGGGGAAAAUAACAUGUUUGAUUUCUUUCUUAAAGUUGACUCUCAAGUAGUCGCUUCGAAUAAAAAGACCUUUCAGAAUGGAGAUGAAGAUACGGAAAUAUCUUCAACAACUAGCAUGAGCUCCAUUUUAGGCCGAUUGCUUAAUUUGGAGUUUGAGGACCAGUUUGAUGAGGAUGACUCGUUAAGUACAAACAGGGAACAUGAGGCUGAGAAGCAGUUCAAAGAUAAGUUUGUAUUAUCCAAACCCAAAAAUGUGGACUUAAAUAAGUCGAAUUAUCAAGCUGUAGUUUUUGAUUCUGGUGAAGCGUCUGAGAAGAAGGAUAUAUUUGUUGAGGUCAGUAAUAAAGAGACUCGUAUUUCCUGUGAAGAUUUGGACAAUGAGAAUCUUAAAUAUAGCUUGCUCAGUUCAGAUUCAGAUUCGGAUCAUUGGCAGUGUGGGGAUAAUGGUGCUUCACCUGAUUUUGGCUGUCAUGUUUCAGAUGAGAAAUCUAAUUUUUUAAAAUUUUCAUGCGAUAGCAAAUCGGUUGAGGGCAGUGAGAGAUGUCAAGAACAGUGUAAGAACGAACAAGAUACUGUUGUUCAAGAAAACCUAUGUGAAACAAUUUCGGUACAUCUUACGUGUUUUCCAAUCAAAGACGUGAACGGAGCUCAAGAAGACAUUGCUGUAGCCCAAAACAUCAAAGAUGAUAUUCCAUUUCCAAUGGCACCUGAAAAUGGCGGUCAGGAUAAAUAUAUUGCAAAUGGAAUGAAAAAGCACGGCCGCAGACCAUUGUUGAGAACAGUUGUCAAAGGCACAGCCAUUGCCGGUAUCUUAUUCCUCUUGCUCCAUAUCAGACGAAAAAGCAAAGGGAAUAAUGGUCGAGAAAGUAAGCAGCAGUAUGGUCAGGUUUUGAACUACAACGAGUCAAAGUCGUCAUCAGCUAACCGGCAAAAGAAGAAUGUUGUGAAAGGGAUAUAUCCAUCAGAAAAGAUUAGGCUGUAAAAUUUUAGGUAAAGAUGAUUUGAGUAUGCCACAUGAUCGUGUACCUCUGGCAUCAUAUAGAUGAUACUUUGUCUCGUUAUGCCUUUUGAGAUUUUGAGUUGCCAAAACUACUCUAAGGUAACUAGUGGUAAUUUCCUUAUGAAUACAUUAGAUACUAAUAGUGUUUUUAAUCGUUCAUUUUUAAUUUUACUCAUGUGCAUUCUCUACUCAAAUCUUGUCGGCACUCAAAUAUUGUACAUACAAACCAUAUUCAACAGCAAGUCCCGUCUCCCUCAUCACCAUGCGGAAAUCGUGUCAUGAGAUAAUUGUG